GUGUCUCGACUUGCGCAGGUACACGCAGCUUCUGCACCUUGGAUUUUCAUUACGCCGCUGUUUUCUUUCUCUCACUCUUUCGGCGUCGCCCAUCAUCUCCGGCUUCUUUUUGCCCUAUUCCAUGGCCGUCCAGCUUCCAUCGCUCGGCUGGCGGGUCUCGUCUUUGGAUACAUCGUAACUGCUCGCGGCUGCUUACCGCCAUACCGCAAUUGAACAUUCUGCCAGCUCAUACGUAGUACUACCUACCUAGUAGUACAGAAGGAUUACCAACCUGCUGUGCCUGCGACCUGCUGCAUACCUACUGGGUAAUACUUCUAGGGACGGGCAAGAUACUUGACCUCCGGCUUAUACCACGAGCUGCAGGGCUGCUUACACGCCAGAAGCCAACGGCAAAAAGCUGGUAGCAAUGUGGACGGGCCUGAUGCGGCGCUUCUCGACCGAAGAAACGCGCGUUGGCAGCGAGUUUGACGAAGCCGCCGACAGCCACGGCCACCUCAAGGACGGCAUCAACGAUGUCUACACGCCGACGCUGCGCACGCUGAGCCCCUUCCGGCCGCCGCCGCUGGAUCCGAUUGUGCUGCUCGGAUACAAGGACAGCACGCCGGCGGCGUCGAGGCUGCUGACGACGGUGGUGGCGGAGGAGAUUCGCACCAUGGUGCCGGAGCGGCUGCGCAUCACCGAGAACUGGCGCCUGGUGUACAGCCUGGAGCAGAACGGCACCAGCCUGACGACGCUGUAUCAGCGGUGCCGCGAGUAUGCGGGCAUGCGGGUGGGCUUUGUGCUGGUUGUCAAGGACCAGGAGGGCGGGACGUUUGGCGCCUACCUCUCCGAGUAUCCCCAUCCUGCCCCGUCCUACUUUGGCAACGGCGAGUGCUUCCUGUGGCGAGCCUCGACGCUGACCUCUCUCCCGCUGCCGCCAUCCGCAGACACAACCCACUUGACACGCAGCACGACGCUUGCCCCUCCCUCGCGGUCCGGCGCCUCGACGCCCGGGAUUCGCUUCAAGGCGUUUCCUUACAGCGGGCUCAACGACUUCUACAUCAACUGCGAGACGGGCUUCCUGAGCGUGGGGUCUGGAGGCGGCCACUACGGCCUGUGGCUCGACGACUCGCUCGACGUGGGCCACAGCGCCACCUGCGAGACGUUUGGCAACGAGCCGCUGAGCGAUGCGGGACCAAAGUUUAGCGUUAUUGGCGUUGAGCUGUGGGUGAUUGGUGCGUGAUGAGGUUAUAUGCAUUGCCUUUGAACGAUGUUAUCUUUUGCUUGUUCCCGGGAGAUGAGGCUCCUCCCCUGGUGCAUACAGUGUUUACCGGAAUACUGCUCUUCACUCCGUCUUAUUUGAUUGCCUAAUGGACACCGAUGUAAUCGACUGAAUGGGGGUCUGUCGAACAUGGUUCAAGUCAUAUGAUGCAUAAUUCUACUAUAUGAGAGAUGCCAGAAUACAUGUCAGACAGAAUCUUGGGCGAGAGGGGCGUGAGAAAGUUGAUAAUAUGAGGAAAAGAAGGAGGAGGAUGAAGAAGGUGUGGUGGUAUGAGAAAGAAAAGGAAGAAUUGGGGAAACGAAAAGAGAUGAAGCAGAGGAAGACGACACUCCCUCGAGAAAAUUUGACGCCUAGACAGAUAGCCAGACAGACAGAUAUUUUAUACUAUGAUACCCCGAAACCAAAUG